UCCUGGCCUCAAGCAAAUCCGCCUCAGCCUAGAGUAACUGGGAUUAUAGAUACUACCCAUCGCCCUGGCAGGAAGUGCGGUUUUAAAUAGAGAGGUCAGGGAUAGCUUCAUGGAAAGACGUCAUGGAAUGGGAGCAAUGUGACCCCCCAGGCCACAUUGGAAGACCUUUCAUGAGUAAGGGGACAGCAAAUGCCCGGGCCUUGAGACAGGAGCAUGACCAGAGUGUUGGAGGAAGACAGAAAGAGCCAGUGUGGUUGGAAGGAAGUAGGGGAGGUGGGAGUGGUAAGGGCACAGGAGAGGGACUUACCUUUGUAGCACUGCCUGUCUCGUCCACCUGAAGCAGAGACCCCAUCUUACUGGUCCCUCUGGCCAUCAGACCUAGUCCUUGGGAGAUGCAGGGGGUUUCAGAACAGCCUGCUGAUACUUUGACAGAAGUCACCAUGUGCAUAAACCAAAGCCCUGAAUGUGGGUUUAAACCUAAAAGAAAGGCCUUAGAUUGGAUAGUGAUGCAAGGUGAGGUUGGCAAGGCUGGUGGGCUGAUGGAAGAGGUUCUGGAAACUGUUGGAGUUGAGAUUUGAAUUUUUUUUUUUUUUUUUUGGACAACAGGAAAUCACUAAAUUUCUUGAGCAGUGCCUCAAUCAUGAACAGUACAAGAGAUUAGAUUCUGGGAAAUGUAAUAUGGUAGGACUCAAAGGACCAUUUUGAGCAGGGCAUGAAGAUGGAGGUGGGAGACCCGGGAGCAACUCCUGCAGUCACACGGGCCAGGCAGGUGAGGACUAGGGUAGGGCUUCCACAGGAAAGGGUAAGAAUUAGAGGCAGCUCAGGUCACACAGAGCAGGCACAGAUGCAUGGGGAAAAUAUUGGAGGAGUGGGAUGUGCUCUGUCUGAGACCCAAGGAGGUGAGCGGAGGUGAAGGUGUGAGGGGUUGCAGCCAAGAUGUUCCUGAGGAUCACCACGGGGCACUUGGGGGUCCUGUGGGGAUUGUAGAAUCAAACCUACAAAUGGAUCUUUAGGGGGUUACUUUUUAAGUACAUGUUCCUAUAAAGUAACAGGAAUGUUACUUCAUUUCCUCCUAAAUCAGGAUAACUUUUAUGCAUUUGAAAAGCAAAAAGUCCCCACACAGUCUGAAGUAAAGCAAAAGUUGCUUAUUCAGGAUGGGAACCAAAAAUCCUCAAACACCUCAAAUUUGCAUCCAGUGAACAGUAAGCAGGAGCAAUGCUUUCUUAUGAAGACAUAGUUCAGUCUUUGGUUUUAUUUUUGAGGUCUGUUAAAGUUGGGUAUCCAAAUCCCACUUGGUGAAAAUAUCACAGACCUAGGGAAGUUACUUUUCAAACCACAGAUCUUCAUGACACUGGGAGGCAAUCAGGUUGGAGGGAUCAAUGUAGAUUCUGCACAGAUCUGGGGUAGGAGGCAAGCGUGGGGAACGCUCAGCUUCUUGUUGGAUCUCACCACAGUAAAAGACAAGCACUUUCCUCAUUGAAAGCUGAUUUUCUUUCUGCCCCAGUUGUAACUCAUUUGUCAUUCACUAAAUACCGAGCCCUCCCUAUCUGGCAGACACUGUUCUGAUAGCUCAAAGUCCUAGCCUGGGAAAGUGUGGACCCAGGGAAGUGUGCCCUGGCUGGUGGGGGCUCCCCCAAGGCCUGCUUCUCCUUCACCCUCACAGUGUCAGCCCCACUGGAGGCAGAGCUCAUUGAGGCAUCCGGAGCCCGCGGAGGCCUAUAAGGGCUCCCUCUCUGCUCCUUGCCUUCCCUGGGUUGGAAGUGGGGGCUAGCCACCCCCACCACAACUUUCUCCUGCCCAUUCCAAUAAAAGCCUGUAUGUCCCAAGAACCAGCUUCCCUGUCCCCAUAAGAGACCACUGAGUAUCAGACUGGUAGCAGGCCCCAGAACUUAGUUGUGGGACAUUCCCUGAGCUCCAGUCCUGGGGAUGUUUAUUCUCUGGGUGGAGGGUGAGAAAGGAAACAAAAGAUGUUGCAAUCCACUCCACAAAUGAACGAACGUCAGAUGCGUCAUCUGAGGAAGGGGAGGGCCGGGGCAAAGGAGGGGCACCCUGACAUGGAGUCUGCCAGCUCCGUCAGCCCUGACUCGGCCCGGAGCUGAGCUCCCCACCUGCCGGUAGCCCAGGAGAUGGAGCAGCCCAGCCCACGUGCCCGGCCUUCCGCCCCCGACUUAACUUGAUAACAAACCAGAAACUGAAACAGGGUCGGGAUGCCGGCUUGGAGUUAGAGAUGAGUCACUGCUGAGAGCAGCUGCAGUAGCUGAGCAGUGGCAGCAGAGAGGCAGACGUGAGCUGAGGGCGCAGAGGCAGGCAACAUCUCUGAGGGUCCCCAAGGAACAUGGCUGGGAGCCGUGAGGUGGUGGCCAUGGACUGCGAGAUGGUGGGGAUGGGGCCCCACCGGGAGAGCGGCCUGGCUCGUUGCAGCCUCGUGAACGUCCACGGUGCUGUGCUGUACGACAAGUUCAUCCGGCCUGAGGGAGAGAUCACCGAUUACAGAACACGGGUCAGCGGGGUCACCCCUCAGCACAUGGUGGGGGCCACUCCAUUUGCCGUGGCCAGGCUGGAGGCACUGAAAGAGGACAUGAGCCGCUACACAAUCUAUGACACAUCCACCGACAUGCUGCUGUGGCGUGAGGCCAAGCUGGACCACUGCAGACGCGUCUCCCUGCGGGUGCUGAGUGAGCGCCUCCUGCACAAGAGCAUCCAGAACAGCCUGCUUGGACACAGCUCGGUGGAAGAUGCGAAGGCAACGAUGGAGCUCUACCAAAUCUCCCAGAGAAUCCGAGCCCGCCGAGGGCUGCCCCGCCUGGCUGUGUCAGACUGAAGCCCCGUCCAGCCCAUUUCCCAGGGACUAGAGGCUUUCGGCUUUUUGGGACUGCAACUACCUUGCUUUUGGAAAAUACAUUUUUAAUAGUAAAGUGGCUCUAUAUUUUCUCUACGCCAUCACUGGGUCCUCUUCUUAUUCUUCUCUCCAAGCUGGGUUAACAGUAGACAGGACCCAUUUCUGUGUGAUGUUAGGAGGGAAUGAAGUCUUAUGCUGGGGAAGUGGGCAAGUGUCAAUUUCCUUAAUAUCUUGAAUCCUGUGGGUCCAAAAUGCAGCUUGGGAAUCUAAGAAGCAUGUGGCCUAAUUACUAAUCCCACCCUUUGCUGUUGCAUUCUAGCCCUAUUCCUGGUGCAUUUAUGCCUAGAAAGGUGAUGUUAUUUCCUGGGGUGGCAUUCAGCUCCUCUUGAUUUUGGUGCCACAGCAUUUGUGGACUUUGAAGUGAAGGUAUAGGAAAUGUCAAGGGUGCCACCCCAGCAACCUUGAGCCAGUCACCCCUCCUCUUAUUUGUAAAACGAGGAAGGAAAGGUAAUGAACUGUGGAGUCAGAGAGAAGUAGGUUGGAAUCCUGUCUUCGUCAUUUAGUAGCUGUUUGACCUAAGGUGACUCACUGAACUUCUCAGUUUCUCUAUCUGUAAAAUGAGAAUUCUAACAACUCGUAGGGUAUUUGUGAGACAUUGCAUGCGAAGCCCCCAGCACCAUGCCUGUCCUAGCUUAAGCACCCACCAGGUGUCAAUAAGUAAUUGUUCUUCCCUGGACUGCCUGCAGAUCUAGGGUACCCCAGGAAGAGUCACAGCACUCUGUUUUGGGGCUCGGCUCUCUGAGGGGAGGGCAUACUGUAUGGGGAGGAGGGGUCUGGACCAGAAAUCAACUGCAGAAUUCUUGUUAUUUUCAUAAUAAUUAGUAGUUUAGUGCUUACACUAAAUAAAAAUCACUGGAAUGGU